UUGUGCAAUCCUCUUUGUCCACGGAAUUCGAAUAGGAUCUACGUUCUAUAUUCACGAUUAAACGCCUAUUGCAUUCUGCACCGUUCUGCUCCCUGGAGAGCUGCGAGGGGUUGCGAUAAGUGUUGUAUUUUGGACUGUUUUUCGGAGGAUUGUUGAUAACUUGAAAUAAAGCAUGACGUCGUUCAAGAAGAUAAAUACCAAAGUCUUUGCCAGAACAGGCCCGGAAUUAACGGAAGAUAAUAUAUAUUGGAAGAAAUACUCGCCUCCAGUUUUAAUAAAGGAAUUCGGUCCAAUAGACUACAUUGACUUCUCGCCGGUAGAGCCGCAUUAUUUCGCAGUAACCUGCGCAGUACGAGUGCUGCUGUACAACCCUAUCACAAAGCUAGCCACAAAGACUUACAGCAGGUUCAAAGACUCCGCGUACGGUGGCUGCUUUCGCAGGGAUGGCAAACUGUUGUGCGCCGGUGGAGAGGAAGGAGUGGUCAGGCUUUUCAACAUCAGUUCGAAUAGCAUGUUGCGACUGUUUUCUGGACACAAGGCCGCGGUGCACAGAGCUCUCUUCACAACCGACGAUCUUCACAUCGCCUCAUUCUCGGACGACAAGACUGUAGCAUUGUGGGAUAUAUCUAGUGAGAAGCAAUUGAUAAGCUUCAACGAACAUAUGGACUAUAUCAGGGCCGGCGCAGUGAGUCCGGUGUCUACCGAUGUCCUGCUGUCCGGUGGAUACGACAAGAUUGUAAAUAUGUACGACGCCAGAACGAAUAAGAAGAUAUUCAGUGUUAAUCAUGAUGCACCGGUGGAAAGUUUACUCUUCUUGCCAACUGGAGGAAUAUUCCUGUCUGCAGGCGGGACAGACAUCAAAGUAUGGGACGCUCUCACGGGUGGCAAAUUGCUCGCGAAAAUCACGCAACAUCAUAAAACUGUAACUUGCCUGAAAAUCGCCUCUAACGGUCACAGAAUACUGUCUGGUUCAUUGGACAGGCAUGUCAAAGUUUACGAUGCUGGAACAUAUAAAACUCUUCAUGCUUUGGACUAUCCGAAUUCGGUUCUCAGCAUAGGAAUUAGUGCAGACGACGAGACCGUUGUGGCCGGUAUGGUGGACGGUAUGAUAUCCGUGAAGAGACGCGAGGAAGACGUGAAAGACGUGAUAAAACCGAGACGCAAGAGGAUGUCGUACAGGCACGCGGGUGAAAAUCUUCACGUGAGGAGUAUCGAUGUGGUCGUGCAUCAAGAUGUCAAAGAGAUAAUGAGCAAGCACGAUGCCUGCCUGCGAAAGUUUCAGUACAGCAAGGCGCUCGACUGCGUCAUGAUGAGUUACGUGGUUAACAAGACGCCGCAUGUCACCGUGGCGCUUACGCAGGAGCUCAUCAGGCGCGAGGGCUUGAAGCGAGCGUUGGCCGGUCGGGACGGCAAGUCGCUAGUCAACAUUAUCAAGUUCCUGAACAAAUACAUCGGCAGCAUCCGUUUUGGAAGAGUGUUGCUGCACGUAGCGAACGUGUUGUUAGAGGUUUACGAAGAUCACUUGGACGAACUGUCGGAGGAAGCGCGAAAAAUGUUCGCUAUGCUGUCGCAAAAGUUACAGGAGGAAGAACAGUUGAUUAUAGCGUUAUCGCAAUUGCAAGGUUCAAUGCAAAUGAUACUGUCUGGCGCCGAAACGUCCUAUCUGCCCGCUAUAAAAGAGAAUCAAAGUUUGGAACCGUCGAACGCCGCUCAAACAGAACGCGACAUUAUCUUGAAUAUAGUUUAAAUAUAACUUGUGAGAUAUUAAACAAUUGUAAGAUAAUUUUUGUAAAAUAGUUUUUUGUACAUAAUUUUACAAUUUUACGUCGGCAUUAAAUUUCUCGAAAUAAGUGAACAAGCAACGGUUUAAAUACUUUUCUCUUAUAAUAAAUAAGUGAAGAAUAAGAAA